CGCGAGGCGGAGCCCGGGAGCGGCGGGAGGCGGCGGCUCCGGCUCCGCAAACUUUCCCGGAGCGGCGGCGGGGCCAUGGGCCGCGGCCCGCGCUGAGCACCAUGAUCGCGGCCGGGGGCUGCCUCGGCGCCGGGCUGCUGCUGCUGGCCGCCCUCUGCCCCCCCGCCGCCGCGGAAGUCUGCACCGGCACCGACAUGAAGCUGCUGCGCCCCUCUAGCCCCGAGAGCCACUACGAGACCCUGCGGCACCUCUACCAGGGCUGCCAGGUGGUCCAGGGCAACCUGGAGCUCACCUACCUGUCCGCCGACGCCGACACCUCCUUCCUCAAGGACAUCAAGGAGGUGCAGGGCUACGUGCUGAUCGCGGAGAACCAAGUGAGCGGGCUGGAGCUGCAGAGCCUGCGCAUCAUCCGCGGCACGCAGCUCUUCCAGGAGCGCUUCGCCCUGGCCGUGGUGGGCAACGCCGGCCCCGCUCCGGGGGCUCCGGGGCUGCGCCAGCUCGGCAUGAGGCACCUCACAGAGAUCCUGAAGGGAGGCGUGCUCAUCGAGAGGAACCCCGAGCUCUGCUUCCAGGAGACCAUCAUGUGGAGCGACAUCUUCCACCGGCACAACGAGUUCCGAGGCGAGGUCCAGGUGGAGACCGCCCGCACCCGCAGCUGUCCUGACUGCCGGGCGUUCUGCCCUGAGGGGCACUGCUGGGGCGAGAGCAAAUGGGACUGCCAGACAUUGACCAACAGCAUCUGCCACGGUUGCCCACGCUGCAAGGGCACGAAGCCCACGGACUGUUGCCACGAGCAGUGCGCCGCCGGCUGCACCGGCCCCAAGCACUCCGACUGCCUGGCGUGCCUGAACUUCAACCGGAGCGGGAUCUGCGAGCUGCACUGCCCCCCGCUCGUCGUCUACAACUCGGACACCUUCGAGUCGAUGCCCAACCCUGACGGGCGCUACACCUUUGGUGCCAGCUGUGUCAGCCAGUGUCCCUACAACUACCUCGCCACGGAGGUGGGGUCCUGCACCCUGGUGUGCCCCCAGAACAGCCAGGAGGUCACAGUCAACAACGUCCAGAAGUGUGAGAAGUGCAGCAAGCCCUGCCCUGAGGUGUGCUACGGGCUGGGAGUGGAUUUCCUGAAGGGCGUCCGUGCUGUGAACGCCUCCAACAUCCAGCACUUCUCCGGCUGCACCAAGAUUUUUGGGAGCCUGGCCUUUCUGCCUGAGACCUUCACUGGGGACCCCAGCACCAACACCCCGCCCCUGGACCCCAAACUGCUGCGGAUCUUCGAGAGCCUGGAGGAGCUGACAGGCUUCCUCUACAUCGCUGCCUGGCCGCCCGACAUGAAGGACCUGGGGGUCUUCCAAAACCUGCGGGUGAUCCGGGGCCGAGUGCUGCACAACGGCGCCUACUCGCUGACGCUGCAGGAGCUGGAGGUGCAGGCGCUGGGGCUCCGGGCCCUGCAGGAGAUCAGCAGUGGGAUGGUGCUCGUGCACCACAACCCCCAGCUCUGCUUCCUCCAGAAGGUGCCCUGGCACAGCAUCUUCCGCAACCCCCGCCAGCGCCUCUUCCAGACACACAACAAACGCCCCGAGCAGUGCGAGAGCGAGGGGCUGGUUUGCUUCCACCUCUGUGCCCAGGGGCACUGCUGGGGCCCCGGCCCCACCCAGUGCGUGGCCUGCGAGCGGUUCCUGCGCGGCCAGGAGUGCGUGGCCUCCUGCAACCUGCUGGAUGGAGCCGUCCGGGAACACGCCAACGGGACGCGGUGCCUGCCGUGCCACCCCGAGUGCCAGCCCCAGAACGGCACCGAGACCUGCUUCGGAUCGGAUGCAGACCAGUGCGUGGCCUGUGCCCACUACAAGGACGCCCAGCAGUGUGUGCGGCGCUGCCCCAGCGGCGUCAAGGCCGACGCCUCCUUUGUGCCCGUCUGGAAAUACCCCGAUGAAUUCGGCGUGUGCCAGCUCUGCCCCACCAACUGCACCCACUCGUGCACGAUCCGGGAUGAGGACGGAUGUCCCGUGGACCAGAAGCCAAGCCAGGUGACAUCCAUCAUCGCUGGUGUGGUGGGGGCUCUGCUGGUCAUCGUCCUGCUCCUCAUCACCGUCAUCUGCGUCAAGCGCCGGCGGCAGCAGGAGCGCAAGCACACGAUGCGGCGGCUGCUGCAGGAGACCGAGCUGGUGGAGCCACUGACGCCCAGUGGGGCCCUUCCCAACCAAGCCCAGAUGAGGAUCCUCAAGGAGACGGAGCUCAAGAAAGUGAAAGUUUUGGGUUCUGGUGCUUUUGGCACCGUUUAUAAGGGCAUCUGGAUCCCCGAUGGCGAGAGCGUGAAGAUCCCGGUGGCCAUCAAAGUCUUGCGGGAGAACACAUCGCCCAAAGCCAACAAGGAGAUCCUGGAUGAGGCCUAUGUGAUGGCAGGGGUGGGCAGCCCCUACGUGUCCCGGCUGCUGGGCAUCUGCCUGACGUCCACGGUGCAGCUGGUGACGCAGCUGAUGCCCUACGGCUGCCUCCUGGACUACGUGCGGGAGAACAAGGACCACAUCGGCUCCCAGGACCUGCUCAACUGGUGUGUGCAGAUCGCCAAGGGGAUGAGUUACCUGGAGGAGGUGAGACUGGUGCACCGGGACUUGGCCGCUCGCAACGUCCUUGUCAAGAGCCCCAACCACGUCAAGAUCACCGACUUUGGGCUGGCCCGGCUGCUGGACAUCGAUGAGACUGAGUACCACGCUGAUGGUGGCAAGGUCCCCAUCAAGUGGAUGGCGCUGGAGUCCAUCCUCCGCCGGCGCUUCACGCACCAGAGCGACGUCUGGAGUUACGGUGUCACCGUGUGGGAGCUGAUGACAUUUGGGGCAAAGCCGUACGACGGGAUCCCUGCCCGGGAGAUCCCAGACCUGCUGGAGAAGGGCGAGCGGCUGCCGCAGCCGCCCAUCUGCACCAUCGACGUCUACAUGAUCAUGGUGAAAUGCUGGAUGAUUGACUCCGAGUGCCGGCCCAAGUUCCGCGAGCUGGUCACCGAGUUCUCCCGCAUGGCUCGCGACCCCCAGCGCUUCGUGGUCAUCCAGAAUGACCUGGUGGGGCUGCCUGGCUCCAUGGACAGCACCUUCUACCGGGCACUGCUGGAUGAGGAGGACAUGGACGACCUGGUGGAUGCUGAGGAGUACCUGGUGCCUCACCACGGCUUCUUCAGCACCGACACCUCCACCACCUACCGCAGCCGCAUCUCCUCCAUGCGGAGCACGGCAGAGUCUCCAGCCAAGGUGGAAGAGGGCGAGGGCUUGGCCUCCUUCCCCUUUCCCGCCCAGGGCCUGGCGGAGGGAGCAGAGGGCCCUGUCCCAGAGGUGCCAGAUGGGGACAAGGUGGCCCUGCAUGGGGAGCCUGGGACUCUGCCCAGGUACAGCGAGGAUCCCACCGGGCUGGUGGCCAAGGAUGGAGAGGACCCUGAUGGCUUCACAGUGCCAGCCCCCCACUGCACCAUGCCAGAGUACGUGAACCAGGCUGAGGAACGUUCUCCCCACACUCCCCCAUCCCCGCUGGACAAGCCCAAGGGGCACCAAGGGAAGAAUGGGCUCAUCAAGGACCCCAAGAACUCCUUCUCCUUCGGCCACGCCGUGGAGAACCCCGAGUACCUGGCACCCCACAGCCCCCCUGGGCCCUUCAGCCAGGCCUUUGACAACCCCUACUACUGGAACCAGGACUCCAGCAAGGCUGGUGGCCCCGAUGGUGGCCCUGGCACGACGCCCACGGCCGAGAACCCCGAGUACCUGGGCCUGGCCGGCCCCGACGCCACGGCCGUGUAGGAGAGACCCCCCAACUUCACCAAGGCAGCUCAGGGAGGGAUGAGCCACGAGGGAUGGCUGGGGGUCCAUCCCCUCUGCCCAGGGGUGGCACUGGCCACGCAGGACGCUGUGGGACAGAGCAGCAGCAAAGACUGGAGACAGAGAGGGGUCACCCCUGGUGGCACUGGGGACCCACGAGCUGGGCGGUGCCUGGAGCAGCCCAGGGAGCUCAGACCCAGCACAGCCUGGAGAAGGACAGACCCUCUGCCAUCCCCCCAUUGCAGGGCUGUCCCAGUGCCUGGGACACGUGGACUUGCACUGAGGGCAGCUGGACUGAGAGCAGUCCCGGCUGCUCUGGGAUCCUUUGGAAGCACCGGGAUGUAUAUUUGAUAACUGUACAUUGGUUGUUUUUUCUAC